AUGUAUUUGUUGGACGGCAUGCUCAGCAAACACUUGCAGCCGAGCAUUGUCACCUUCGCCAACUUGGUGGGGGCUCACAGCCAUGCUCCGCUGGACCAGCUUGAAGGUGUGCUGUCUAGCAUGACACACAAAGGCGUCGGACCCAACCAGGUCUUCACAGAAGCCGUUUUGAGUGCUUUGUUUCCUGGUCGUUUCACGGCAGCCUGGACGGUGGAUGACAUCUGUACUCGGCUUAAAGGCGCAAGCAGGAACAGGCUCAGGGUGGCAAAGUCAGUUCUGAAAGACGCGCGGUCUCGAGGCGUCCGACUGACACAGCUCAGCUCCAUGGUUGAUCAGUGCCUGCAGCAGCUUACCAUCUGA